AUGUCGGCUAUCUAUACUACAAAUGUAGGUGGUUGUGAAGAGCAAACAUUUAAUGCGAUUUCCAGCGUCUUUGUGCAGACUGUGAACCCAAAAUCUGCUAUUUAUGUGUUCACCGACGCUAUCGCUUCCGAUGUUGAUCAAUGGCGCACAGUCACAGAAACAAAUACGAGGAGGAAAUUGCCGAUCUACACAAUGUUCUUGCCAAAUGCCAACUGUACAAUUAACCAGUAUUCGGAAGGAUAUCGAGCGCUUCAACGCGCUUCAGAGUUCAGCGGUGGCCUCACGCAGCAGCCAACCUUAGAUUCUCUGGAGAAGAUCUUCCAAUAUACCAUGAAAGCUACAUCAUACAGGAUGAAUUCUGUUCUGACCGAUGACUUGAAUCAAUGUGACACCAAAGGCUCUCGAAUCUUCUUUAUCGAUUCUUCAGCCGAUUCCAUUAUAAUCUUCGCUGUUGGACAGAAUUUAAUACUAUCCGUCACUGAUCCGAAUUGGAACAAAUCCGCUGCUUUACUUGUAUACAACUCGAAUACAUCAUAUUUUUGGGAGGUCACUAAUGUCAUCCCAGGAGAGCAUCUUUUGUCAAUCACUUCACAAAAUGUAUUUAUGUCGCGCUCUGAUUACGACUUGUUCUUCGGUACAGCCAACGUCAUCGAUGAGGACGCAAGUGACACUGAACCAGUUGUUGGAAAAGCAAAGCACAUCGUUGCUCAGCUGAAUGGUCUCUAUAAUGCCGUACAAGAUCGCUUCCGUCUUUUUGCUGAAAUUACUAUCACUACCAAUAUCAAUAGGGAUAACCAAAUGCACAAACCAAUGUACUUUUCCAGCGGAAAGUAUCGUGAUGGGUGCGGAUAUCAUCUUUAUUUCGGUCUUGCUAGCUUCUGCGAGUUCGCCGAUCAGCAAUUCUAUGCCACGGUCUAUGCUGAUGACAAGAACGGCUACACCAUUCAACGUACGACUACUGGAUACUGCUCAAUGAGUACUUUAUAGAA